AUGGAACGACUGUCAACCGAAGUUUUACAUGAGAUUUUCCUUUACCUUAAAGAUGAAUAUAGUUCGGACGAUUUAUUCUCCGCUUUGAUGGUAAACCGAAGAUGGUGUAAAAUAAUUAUACCGAUUCUAUGGGAAGCUCCAUUCAACAAGCAAAAUUAUAACAAACAACAUUCAAAAUGCAUUCGAACUUAUUUGUCGAAUGCCGAAGAAAAGUUAACCUCGGUAUUAAUGGCGCACGGAGUGAAUUUAUCUUCAUGUUCAAAAGGAACCAUAUUCGAUUACGCAUCAUAUUUACGUCACCUCCCAUUAUUGGAAUUAUUACAAAAUAUAAAAUAUUACUUCCUAUCACCAGCGAUGCUUGCGGAUCCAUAUAAACAAAUGGAGGAUGAUAGUUAUUUUAAGAACAUGUUAGUGUUUGCUGUGUUAUGUAUAUUAUUUACCAAUCAUAGCACUUACAUUCGUACUUUGAGAAUCGUGAACGAUCCGGAUUUACAUCCUUUAAAUGUCGUCAUGGCUCGACUUUUAAAUCUUUCGGGUGCAACUAUCAGCUUGAGCGGUUUACAGUAUUUCCAAUGUCAUAGUUUAGUCAAAGAGGAUGUCGCUCCAUUGUACAGGGAUAUGGCGGAGGUUUGUAAAGGUGUGGUUCGAAUGGAUAUCAAUUCGGUGGCACGUUCAGAAGAGGAAGCAUUAUCAUCACUUAUCAGAGCUCAAAAGAACUUAAAGUAUUUAACGAUAAGAUCCGAAGAGAUUAAUUUUAUACCAGCGAUGGAAGCCAUUCGAUCACAAUCCGCUUCGCUUAUUAGACUUAGACUUGAAUGUUUAUUCUUGGAUGUUGCAACUGAUGAAGCUUUGGAUGCUUUCAAAUCUUGUAGCAAUUUAAGAUCCCUUAUACUGCGGAAUUGUUACGAAUUGGAAUGUCCACGUGUUCUAGAGGUUUCGAAAUCAUUUCCUUUACUUGAAGAAUUUUACUAUGGUGGAUGUUUUGAAAUGCCAGAGGAUUUUAUAACAGGAGUUCUUCAAACGGCCAAUGGUAAUUUACGAAGGCUAACUUUAAAAGAUUAUACACCAGGUGUUAUAGUCGCAAUUACUACUUAUUGUAAAAAUCUUGAAGAUUUAUUUUUGUUGGAUCUAGAUGAUGAGGAAAUCUUGUCCAUCUUUCGUAAUUGUACUAGAUUAAAACAUUUUACAUUUAAUGGGGGAGAUGGGCUUGAAGCUGAUGAUUUAUUUAGAAGAUUGGCGACUUGUGUACCAAAAACAUUAGAAUAUAUGUGUAUUAUUAUGGAACUUAAAGAACCUUGGAUCUUUAGUGCUGGAGCUUUAAAAGACUUUUUGGAUGUUGCAACAAGUUAUUCAUUUAAAUAUUUCACUAUAAAUCAUCGAGAUUUUACUGAUGAUGAUGAUGAAAUAAUAAAUUUUCCCGAAUACGCUACCAUGACAACGUUUAAUAAUAAACAUUUGGAGGAAAUAAGACAGAGUGGGAUUAAUUUCCACACUCAUUGUGGAUAUGUUUUGGCAGAGUAUCCGGAUUUUGUCUCUGAAAUAAACAUUCCAGAUUUGCGAGAGGUUCCUUUGUUCAAAAGAUGGUAUCAUGUUCUAGGUCAAAGUUGGACAGAAAGAUUGAUUCAUUCAUUGUAA